GAUGUUGCAGCCUCCGUGCGCGCGCUCCGGGAGUGCGCCAUGGAGCGGCGAAGGAGAGCGCAGCGAGUAUAAAAGCGUCAGCCUGCUGUCAGCAUCAGAAGAUGCGUUUGCAUCACGACAGACUUCAGCUGGACUCUCCCAAGUAAGCUGACACGGAUACGAUCCGAGUAAGCUUACAAAUAACUCGGAUAACUCAUGCAACUCUGAGGCUUUGAACAGAACUUAAUACAUAAAGAAGAAGAUGGGGGUUUAUGCGUCCUCACCUGUGCACCCACACUCUAGAAGUUAGCCGUGAAGAAGACGGGAACGCUGCCGUAGCUGGUUUUGAACUCUUGUUUCCCUCUGCAGGAGCAUGCAGAGCAACAGCAGCGCCCCUGGGCCCCCUGGGCCCCUGAACGUGUGCGGAGGAGAAGAGGACGACAUCUCCGGAGUGGUCAGCCUCACGGGAGCAGCCUCUAACCUCGCAGCUCUGAACCUGUCACUCAACUGCUGGCUCCUCAUCCUCUCCAAGGAGUCCUCGCUGGACCUGCACGCAGACGGCGCAAACCUGGCAGUACGAGUUGUCAUUGCCCUGGUCUACCUGGUGGUUUGUGUUCUGGGGCUUGUGGGUAACCUCCUGGCCCUCUUCCUGCUUCACUCCCGCCACCGGGGCCAUCACCACUCCUCCAUCAACUGCUUCGUCAUGAGCCUGGCCCUGACAGACCUCCAGUUUGUCCUCACCUUGCCCUUCUGGGCCGUGGACACGUUGCUGGACUUCCGCUGGCCCUUUGGCCGGGUCAUGUGCAAGAUCGUCAGCUCGGUCACCACGCUGAACAUGUACGCCAGCGUCUUCUUCCUCACCGCCAUGAGCGUGACCCGCUACCACUCCCUAGUUACCUCUCUGAAGAUGGGCAGCCCGAGCAUUGCCACUGCUCGUGCCAAAUGGGCCAGUUUAACCAUUUGGGUGGUGUCACUGGUGGUGACGCUGCCUCAUGCUCUCUACUCCACCACAGUCCAGGUGUCUACAGAUGACGAGCUGUGCUUAGUGCGCUUCUCAGACUCCGAUUCAAGCCACUGGGAUCCUCAGGUCCUGCUCGGACUCUAUCAAACACAGAAAGUCCUCCUGGGAUUUGUAGUUCCCUUGAUUGUCAUCUCCGUGUGCUACCUCCUGCUCCUGAAGUUCAUCCUGAGACGGCGCAUCGUAGGCAGCAUGGUCAACGCGAGUGUCCCGGAGCGGUCCGAGUCUGAGAGAGGACGCCUCCGCCGCCGCUCCAAAGUCACCCGUUCUGUCACCAUCGUAGUCCUGUCCUUCUUCAUCUGCUGGCUACCCAACCAGGCUCUUACCCUGUGGGGGGUGCUGAUCAAAUUUGACUUGGUGCCCUUUAGUAAAGCCUUCUACAACGCCCAGGCCUACGCCUUCCCCCUGACUGUGUGCUUAGCUCACGCUAACAGCUGUCUCAACCCGGUGCUCUACUGCCUGAUCCGAAAAGAGUACAGAGCUGGACUGAAGGAGCUCCUGCUCCGAGUGUCUCACUCCGUCCAAAAUGUUCUCACUCAGGGUCUGAGAGAGAGAAGGGUGGCAGACGCACCACCCAGCCUGGUUAUGAUACACAAAGACAGAAAUAUGUAAUGUGCUAUGUAAAAGGAAAAGAUGGACAUUUUGGAAAACAGUUACUUUAACAAUUAUUUUGCACAUUACAUUUUGAAAGCAAACACUUCUUUUGUGUUCUGACAGGGAAUUCAACAAGUUCAACAGGAAAAGUAUUAAGGGAAAUUUCA